AUGUCGAAGGAAACACAAGAAUCGCUGCCCAGCGACCUAAGCGACCAGGCGGGAUCCGUCGAGGCCGUCGAGGUCAAUGAGAAGACGCUGCUCCGGAAGCUCGACGCCAAACUCCUCCCAGCCGUGGGAAUCCUAUACCUGCUGUCGUUUCUCGACCGUAGUAAUGUCGGCAAUGCUCGCAUUGAGGGCAUGGUGGAUGACCUGCACAUCACUGGCAACGAGUAUCUCACGGGCCUGACCGUCUACUUCAUUGGUUAUGUGCUUUUCGAGAUUCCCUGCAACAUCAUCCUCAAGCGCACCAGUCCCCGACUAUGGCUGCCAACCCUGACCAUCGCCUGGGGCGUCGUGGCCACACUGCUCGGCAUCGUGCAGAACCUGACCGGCUUCCUCGUCGGGCGCUUCUUCCUCGGCGUCACCGAGAGCGGCCUCUUCCCCGGCGUGGUGUUUUACUUCUCCAUGUGGUACAAGCGACGUGAGCGCCAGUACCGCAUUUCGCUCUUCUUCAGCGCGGCGUCGCUAGCUGGCGCGUUUGGCGGCAUCCUCGCCUACGGAAUCGGCAAGAUGGCUGGCGUGGUCUGGGAGAAUGGAUGGCGCUGGAUCUUUAUUCUGGAGGGCAUAGUUACCGUCCUUGUCGCCUUUGCGGCCUACUGGUUCAUCGAAAACUAUCCCUCCACGGCCAAGUUUCUCACGACACAGGAGCGGAGCUUCAUCCACGCCCGCCUCGCCGCCGACAGCGAUGCCCUACAUGACGAGACGUUUGCCUGGAGGGCAGUGCUCGAUGCUGUGCGCGACCCGUCCUGCUGGUUAUAUGGGCUCGGCUUCCACACCAUGAGUCUUCCUCUGUACACGCUCUCGCUCUUCCUCCCCACCAUCAUCAAGAACCUCGGUUACACCGCCGCGGUGGCGCAGCUGCUCACCAUUCCGCCCUACGCGCUCGCCUUUGUCACGACCUUGACGGUUGCCGUCUACUCGGAGAAGCUGCACCGCCGCGCCGUCUUCAUCGCGGGCUCCGCCGCCGUGGCUGCCGUCGGGUAUAUCAUCCUGCUGGCGAACACGAACCCCACGGCGCGGCCGGGCGUGUCCUACCUGGGGACUUUUCUCGCCGCGGCGGGCAUCUAUCCCGCCACGGCGCUGGUGCUGUCGUGGCCCGCCAUCAACGUCUCUGGGCAGACGAAGCGCGCGACGGCUAACGCGAUGCAGAUCAGCAUCGGCAACCUGGGCGCCGUCAUGGGCACGCAGCUGUACCGCGCCAACGACGGGCCGCGGUUCGUCGUCGGGCACUCGCUGGCGCUGGCAUAUCUGGUCGGCAACGUUGUGGUGGUGCUGCUGCUAGCCCGUAGGUUGAGGCGGCAGAAUGAGCAGCGGGCGGCGGUCGCGGAGGAGGUCAAGCAUGUCGGCGAGGCGCCUGACUGGAAGGGCGAUGUCGAUCCUCGAUGGCGCUUUGAGUAUUGA